ACCGACCCAAACUCGCACGCCUCCUCCACCUGCCCUGCUCCCAGAAAAUUUGCCGGCGUUGUUGCUGGGACCGGACAGUCUGCGGGGUGGCUGCGGGGCUCUGUUCCACCGGCUCGCCAGCUCACCCCGCUCUGUCCGCCUGUGCUGGUCCUGGUCCGAGGCGGCCUGAUUCAAAAUGACCUUGUACGGCUCUAGAUUCCUGUGGCUCUUCAAGAUGACCGUCUUCCUCUUAGGAGCUGGCUUGGUUUUGUUUAUGCACAGAGGGGUGGACCUUCACGAAAAGUUCAGCUUCCACCCAGAGCUCCCUCGUCCUGCUCAGGCUGUCCACCUGCCGAAGCUUCUACCUGAGAAACAUCUCAGGGACCUCUUUACCUACGAUGGAAUCUGGCUGUUCCCGAAAAACCAGUGCCAGUGUGAAACCAAACACCGGGGCUACCGCUUUCAGGAUGGCUACAGCCGGACAGACCUCCCUGCAGUGAAGGCGAGGAGACAGGCUGAAUUUGAACACUUUCAGAGGAGGGAAGGGCUGCCACGCCCACCGCCGCUGCUGGCUCCGCCCAACCUCCCCUUCGGGUACCCGGUCCACGGGGUGGAGGUGAUGCCUCUGCAUACUGUUCCUAUCCCAGGUCUCCAGUUUGAUGGACCCAACGCCACCAUCUACGAGGUCACCCUGACUGCUUCUCUGGGGACAUUCCACACCCUCGUUGACAUCCCAGACAGUGUGGUACAGGGCAGAGGUCAGAAGCGGCUGACCAUUUCGACCAGGGACCGGACGCUGUUGAAUUUCAUCCUCCAGCACGUGACCUACACCAGCACGGUGUACCAGCGCCACAAGGUGGACGUGGUGAGUCUGGAAUCCAAGUCCUCAGUGGCCAAGUUCCCAGUGACCAUCCGCCAUCCUGUCCUCCCCAAGUUAUAUGACCCUGGACCAGAGAGGAGACUCAGAGACCUGGUGACUAUUGCCACCAAAACUUUCCUCCGUCCCCACAAGCUCAUGGCCAUGCUCCGGAGUCUUCGUGAGUAUUACCCAGACUUGACUGUGAUCGUGGCUGAUGACAGCAAGGAACCUCUGAAAAUUAAUGACAGCCGCGUGGAGUACUACCUCAUGCCCUUUGGGAAGGGCUGGUUUGCUGGCAGGAACUUGGCCAUAUCUCAGGUCACCACCAAAUACGUUCUCUGGGUGGACGAUGACUUUCUCUUCAACAACAAGACCAAGAUUGAGAUGCUGGUGGAUGUUCUGGAGAAAACAGAGCUGGAUGUGGUAGGCGGCAGUGUGCUUGGAAAUGUGUUCCAGUUCAAGCUGUUGCUGGAGCAGAGUGAGCAUGGCGACUGUCUUCACCGGAGGGUAGGAUCUUUCCGGCCCGUGGACGGCUUCCCCACCUGCGUGGUGACCAGCGGCGUCGUCAACUUCUUCCUGGCCCACACGGACCGGCUGCUGAGAGUCGGCUUCGACCCCCGCCUGCAACGCGUGGCUCAUUCAGAGUUCUUUAUCGAUGGGCUCGGGAGCCUGCUCGUGGGGUCCUGCCCAGAUGUGAUUAUAGGUCACCAGGCCCACGCGUCACAGGUGGACCCGGAGCUGGCCGCCCUGGAGAAGACCUACAGCAAAUACCGGACCAACAGCAAUGCCCAAAUCCAGUUCAAGCAGGCUCUCCACUACUUCAAGAACCACCUCCAGUGCGCCACGUAAAGGUGUCCAGACAUCGGAAAAGCAUCAGGACUGUCCUGAAGACGGUGUGAAGUCACUGACGCAUGCCAACAUCCUCAUCUGUUCCGGCCAUUUCCUGUUCUUGAUAUUCUACAGUCUUGAGGAACAGUCUGUGUUCCAGACACCGGCAACGGUUUCAGGAUCACCAGCUUCCCUGAAGGUCACUGCUCCCUACCCCAGCUCUUCUGCACGAUGCUGCGUCUAAUCACCUUCUUGGAGAUUCGCAUCUGCAUACAGUUCUUUUUCUUAAUCUUUUGCUGGCGUGCUCCAACUGCCUUCAUAGCCUUCGGUCUUCCUGCUCCAGCUUCCAACAAGUCUUCUGUAUAAAAUCUACAUUUCUCAUCCUCCUUUAAAGUUUACCAGGAGCUUGCCAAGUUUUUCAUCAUGUAAUUGAGUAAUCUGCGUAACUACAUGUCUGUUUCCUCUCCCAUGCGCUUGGAGAAAGACCCCUGCUCUCUGCAUAUAAGGACUCAGAAGGCGUUACUCACAAAAGGGGAGAAAAAAGUGAUACAUUUGAUAUGAUCAAAAUGAAAACCUUCUGCUAAUCAAAAGGCACAGUUACAAAAGUGAAAAAAAUAAGCCACAGACCAGAAGAAAAUAUCUAUGAUACAAAUAUUUGGUAAAAGGUUCGUAUCACAUAUAUGUAAACAAUUCCUAUAAAUUAAUAAGAUGACAAUUUUUAAGUGGGAAAAAUACUUGAAGAAAUGCUUAGAGAAGAAUAUAACUAAAUGGCUAAUGAGCAUGUUUAAAAAAAAAAAGAUGUUCAACUUUGCGAACCAUCAGGAAACUGCAAAUUCCAGCCAUAAGGAGAGAUUAUUAUACACCCACCAGAAUGGCUGAAUUUAAAGGACUAACGGCUAAGACGUGGAGCAGCUGGAACGCUCAUACACUGCCGGUGGGAGUGUGAAAUUGUACGGCCACUUUGGCAAGCUGUGGGGUAGUUCCUAAUAAACAUAAAUGUACACCUAGCCUGUGACCCAGCAAUUCCAUUCCUGGUUAUGUGCCCUAAACCAAAUGUUAGCACAAGAAUGGUCACGGUAGCUUUAUUUAUAUCAGAUCCAAGGCGGAAAAAACCCCAAAUGUCCAUCCACUGGAGAAUGGACCGAGAAAUUGUGGUGUAUUCAUACAGUAGACUCCUACUUAGCAAUAAAAACAUGCUGUUGAUACAUAAAGUGCAAUGGAUGACUCUUAAAAAACAUUGUUAAUUAC